AUGAUCUCCCGAUCGGCUCUCACGAGGGGAAGCCAGCUGGCCCUUCGCAGCCCUGCCGUUGCGAAGACGGCCCAGCGCGGCUUUGCUGCUGCUGCUUCUCCCGCGGCGUCAUACGAACCCACCACCAUCGCCGGCGUCAAGGUUGCCUCGCGCGACGACUCCGGUCCGACCACCCGCCUCGCCGUCGUCGCGAAGGCCGGUACCCGAUAUGAGCCCCUUCCCGGCUUGACCAACACCAACAAGAGAACCGCCCUCCGUAUCGUCCGCGAGUCCGAGCUCCUCGGCGGCCAAUUGCAGGCCUACCACACCCGCGAGGCCCUCGUCCUCCAGGCCUCCUUCCUCCGCGAGGACCUCCCCUACUUCACCGAGCUCCUUGCCGAGGUCAUCUCCGAGACCAAGUACACCACCCACGAGUUCCACGAGCUCGUCGAGAACUGCAUCCACGCCAAGCAGGCUAAGCUCGACUCUGCCGCCAUCGCCCUCGAUGCCGCCCACACCGUCGCUUUCCACAACGGCCUCGGCUCGCCCCUCUACCCUACCGUCGACACCCCUACCUCGUCCUACCUGAACGAGAACUCGGUCGCUGCCUUCGCCAACCUCGCCUACAACAAGGCCAACAUUGCCGUUGUCGCCGACGGUGCCAGCCAGGCCGGUCUCGAGAAGUGGGUUGAGCCCUUCUUCAAGGGUGUUCCCGCCACCAGCACCGGCAACCUGAACAACGCUGCCUCCAAGUACUUCGGUGGUGAGCAGCGCGUUGCCAAGAACGGCAAGAACGCCAUCGUCAUCGGUUUCCCCGGUGUUGCCCUUGGCGCCAGCCAGCCCGAGACUUCCGUCCUCGUCGGUCUCCUCGGCGGUGCCUCCAACAUCAAGUGGUCCCCCGGUUUCAGCCUUCUCUCCAAGGCCACUGCCGCCAACCCCGGCGCCGAGGCCUUCGCCACCAACUACGCCUACUCCGAUGCUGGUCUCCUCGCCAUCCAGAUCUCCGGCAAGGGUGCCGCCGUCGGCAAGGUCGCCGUUGAGGCCGUCAAGGGUCUCAAGGCUAUUGCUGCUGGUGGUGUCUCCAAGGAGGACCUCACCAAGGCUAUCGCCAAGGCCAAGUUCAACCUCCUCUCCGCCAGCGAGGUUUCCGGCACUGGUCUCGUCCACGCCGGUGCCAACCUUCUUGCCGGUGGCAAGCCCCUCCAGGUCGCUGAGACUCUCAAGGCUCUCGAGGGCGUUACCGCUGAGAAGCUCCAGGCUGCUGCCAAGAAGCUCCUCGAGGGCAAGGCCUCCGUUUCCGCCGUCGGUGACCUCCACGUCCUUCCCUACGCUGAGGAUCUCGGUCUCAAGGUAUAG